UCCAAAGAGAUCAGACAUCAAGGAGAAAGGUUCGAAGCGAGGAGAAGGAAAGGAUGCAAGCCGGGAAAAACGCCGCGGCGUCCGUCAAGGAGACGGCCUCCAACAUCGCCGCCUCGGCCAAGUCCGGCAUGGAGAAGACUAAGGCCACCCUCGAGGAGAAGGUGGAGAAGAUGACGGCACAGCACCCGGCGGAGAAGGAGAUGGCAGAGCAGAAGAAGCAGGACAAGAUCCGAGAGGCGGAGAUCGCCAAGCGGGAGGUCAAGGAGCAGAAUGCCGCCGCCAGGGAGCAGGCCCGCGCUGGCUACACCGGCGGCCCCACCGCCACUGCCUACCCCUCCGCGGCCGCCGCCGGCCAUCACACCACGGGGGCGCCCGGCCAGGUCGCUGGUGACCCUACCGGGGGUCACGUGAUAAGCGGAGCAGUGAAGUCCCACCCCGUCGGCACGGACGCUGGAACUGCCAGGCCUGCGAUUGCCCGCAACCCCUACACUGGCACCGCUAGCCCGGCCGGUCACGGGACCGGCGGUGGCUACAACUAGGAAGGGCUUGGAAUUUUGUGAACAAAUUUGGAAGGCGCCCCGGAGGUGGCUUCCAUUAGAUCCUCCAGUAGUAGUAGCGUUCGUAGGAGCGUGUUUCAGUUUGAUACUUUUUUACGACUCCAUGUUUCGGUUGUUUGUUACGUUGUGUGUUGCUUACUAUUUUCUAUCGUGUUAUGAGUGUCCGUUUUAAGUCAAAAAAAAUUUACUUCCAUUUUGCUGUAAGGAAGUGUUUUGAUGUUGGACCGUAGUUUAGCAAUCUUUUCAAACAGGUUGGGUAGGAAUAGGAAAAUAGCAUACCUUCGAAUGAAAAUAGCUACAAUACUUUAAUUG